UCAUAAUUUUCAAUUUUAAAAAUUGAAUGGCUUCAUGAACGAAAUAUUACCAUACAUGUUGAAAUGGGAUCUUCGGACUUACGUGGGGACGACUGGGAUUUUCCAUGCUCAGAUGAUGAACUUGCGAAAUCAGGAACAUUUAUUGGUAAAAGUUGGAUGCCUAACCCAACGGAGUUAGAAGAACUUUACAAAAUUAUUGAAAAGAAUGGAACUUUAAAUCUGGAAUGGAAAUGCCCUGGUAGACGAGGACCGUCGCCAGUGCUAGUAAACAAAGAAAAGCAACCAGAAAUGCCAGUUUCACCAAUUAGAGAGGAAAAGUCGGAUUUUGAUUUCAUGGACGAGGUAAGCUCUCUUCGGCUCCGCGUUCGUCGCGAAGGGGAAGACACGUUAAGGGGAUCUGCUAAAAAGAAAACGACCUCUUUUGAUGGAAUUUUAUCAAAUAUGAUCAGGCACAAGAGAAUAGAACAAAUGGAAAAACAAGCAAACACAUCAACCCCAUCUUCCACAUCGUGAUUGGUAAUAAAUUGAUUUAAUUUAUAUGUUGUUAAAAUGAAUAGGACAUUAAGACAAAUUAAAUUAAAAAAACUAUCUAAAUAUUUA